UUCCUCCCACCCCUGCUCCUACACUUGUGCUGGUUUAUUCCGACUGUAUCAGAAAAGAAAACAAGAUUCAGAGAUGGUGUAGACUGUAGAGUAACAGGAAAGGAACACGAGAGUAUUUCCAAGCAGGGAAAUACAAGGCAUUUGGGGAAGGUUCAGGAGAGCUUGUCCAAAGGGCAGCAGGGGAAGGGCCAAACGAGGAGAGGGCACCAUGGACAUUGAGCAGGGGCCUCCAGCCUCUACUGCCAGCAGCACUGGAGCCACUGCCACCAGUACCAGUACGACCAGUAGCAGCACUACCACCAGCAGCAACAGCACAGGAAGGCAGGCUGUGCCUCAGAUCUCUGUGUACAGCGGGAUUCCUGACAGGCAGACGGUUCAGGUAAACUUCAGGGUGAUCCAGCAGGCAUUGCACCGGCAGCCCAACACGGCUGCGCAGUACCUGCAGCAGAUGUACGCAGCGCAGCAGCAGCACCUCAUGCUGCAGACAGCAGCCCUCCAGCAGCAGCACCUGAGCAAUGCACAGCUCCAGAGCCUAGCCGCCGUACAGCAGGCCAGUAUUGCGGCAGGAAGGCAGAGCUCCACCCAAAAUGGCACUUCAUCCCAGCAAACAGGAUCAUCCCAGGCCACAGUGAGUGCAAUUAACCUGACCACGUCCCCGGCUGCAGCCCAGCUGAUCAGCCGAACCCAGAGUGUUAGCUCCGCCCCAGCCGGCAGCAUCUCCCAGCAGGCCGUGCUCCUGGGCAGCACGUCCAGCCCCACCACCCUCACUGCCAGUCAGGCUCAUAUGUACCUGCGUGCCCAGAUGGCACAGCAAAGCAACCUUGUGCAAGUAGCUAGGAGCCUAGGCCGUGCUGUUCCUUUGUCCCCCCAGCUCAUCUUCACACCUACGGCCACAGUGACUGCAGUCCAGUCUGAGAGCUCCACGCAGUCCUCUGGACAACAGUCUGCCCCCUCACAGGUCCAGAACCUGGCUAUCCGUAGCCAGCAGGGGGCGACCAUGUCCUCCUUUCAAACACAUAACCUCCAGGCCCUCAGCCUAAAGCAGACCCCUGUCGCCAUCCAGCCCUCUCCCCUGCUCAAAAACCCCAGCCAGGGGAGCCGGGGCUCUGGGGGGAAGGGCAGCUCAUCCGACGUCCCCUUAGAUGGGAGCAAGAAGGGGGAGAGCAUUGUGACGGAGGUGUGCGCUAUAAACAUGAGUCGCAGCAUCACAGCUUUGAGUGGCCAGCCUCUCAGCACUCCAGCAUACACCCAGAUAUACCCUUCCCACUCCCUGGUCCAGCAGCAUAAGCAACAGCAGUUUGUGAUCCAGCAGACCCAUGCUUCCCAGAGGACCCAGGGACAGCUACUGCAGACUGCCUCCAUCCAACCCCACCUGCAGACUCCCCCCCUGGUCCCCCAGUCCCCCAGCCAGGCAGGCCCUGUCCCUGUGCUGCCCAAGCCUGCCUCUCUCCACCAGCCCUCUACACCCAGCCAGCAGGCAACCAUCUUCCACUCCACCAUCAGCCCACAUGCUCUCCACUCCAGCCUGAGCCAGACCAAAGCCCAGCCAGUGCAACUCACAGCCAUCAACCUCCAGAUACAACCAGCGCUCUCACAGGCUUCCCGAUUGGUCCAGGACAGUAAAGGACAGGAGAAGCCAAAGUCAUUGGUGGUCAGGGAGCUCUGCCCAACUCCCAGUGUAGAGCAGCAGCCCACCCCAUUUACCCCCUCUGCCCCGUCUCCACCACAAGCCACCAAGCCAGCAGAGCAGCCCAAGACUGACCCAGUUAUGCCCAUCAGCCAACCACAAGGAGUCCCUACUACCAAGAGGUUGAAUGCUGCACCUGAGACACCACCCCCAGCCAUGACAUCAGGAAAUGAGAACGAGGCACCCACUGUGACCGGCAGCACCCCCCAGAAUGGAGAGAACAAGCCACCCCAGGCCAUCGUCAAGCCCCAGGUCCUCACCCACGUCAUUGAGGGCUUUGUCAUCCAGGAGGGUGCUGAACCCUUCCCUAUUGAGCGGUUGCCUGUAAUGAUGGACAGCCCAAAGAAGCUGCAUGAGCAGCUCUCCUCUGACCCAGACAAGACCCCUGUUAGUAACCCCACCAACACCACAGACUCUGAGACAGAGGAGCUGACCCCUCAAGAAUUAAAAGACCAAGAGGAUUCAGAUGCCCCCAAACUGAGAUGUGAAUUCUGUGGCUGGGUGGACUUUGCCUACAAAUUCAAGGGGUCAAAACGGUUCUGUUCCAUGGUGUGCGCGAAAAGGUAUAAUGUUGGGUGCACUAAGCGGAUAGGCCUCUUCCGUCCAGAGAGGAGCAAAGCAUCCAACCGCUGGCGCAGAAGGUCACACAACAGCUGCCGCCAGAGUGUCGAACCUAAGAAGCAGAAGCUUUCCCCUACACCUCAGCAGACUCAGGGAGGUUCAGUGUCCUCCCCGCUCCCCUCCCAACCCAGCCAGGAGGAGUCCAGCCCCUGCUCAGACAUGUCCAGCUAUGAGGAGCCUCCGUCACCCCUGUCAGGAGCCAGCUCAGGUCCCACAGCACCCCAGGCGUCACACCAGGCAGGGAGAGGCUCAGACCAAGAGGCCCCCCGAGGCAGAGAGCUGCCACUCCUCACUCAGCACUUCCUGCCCAACGACUCCACCAAGUGGAAUGUAGAAGAAGUCUACGAGUUUAUCCACUCCCUUCCAGGCUGCCAUGAGAUAGCAGAUGAGUUCCGCUCGCAGGAGAUAGAUGGACAGGCCAUGCUCCUACUGAAAGAGGACCACCUUAUGAGUGCCAUGAAUAUUAAACUGGGACCUGCACUUAAGAUCUACGCACACAUCAACAUGCUCAAAGACUCUUAGCCAUGAUGGGUCGAUAUAGUGCUGGUUUGUUGUAUGUCUGUGUAUGGUGUGCGUAUGUCUGUGUAUGGUGUGCGUAUGUCUGUGUAUGGUGUGCGUAUGUCUGUGUAUGGUGUGCGUAUGUCUGUGUAUGGUGUGCGUAUGUCUGUGUAUGGUGUGCGUAUGUCUGCGUAUGGUGUGCGUAUGUCUGCGUAUGGUGUGCGUAUGUCUGCGUAUGUCUGUGUAUGGUGUGCGUAUGUCUGUGUAUGGUGUGCGUAUGUCUGUGUAUGGUGGGAAGGAGUCACACUCUGGGACAAGACAAAACAUGUCGCCAUCGCACUGAUGACUACCUGACCUCUGCACUACCAUCUUUCAUCCCACCUUUGGAUUGGCUACUUCACGGUAUGUUUAGCCAUGGCCUGCAAACAGACAACUGAUCAUCCCUUUGGCUGUCAAAAAGAACAGUUUACAGUAAAUUUAAUGGACUGACUGCCUUAAUAAUGGCACUAAUAGUGCUAAAAGCACUGCAAGGAUACAUUUGAGUCUGUUUGAAAAGAGAAAUGUGGGUAUAUCUGAAAUACUUCCUGCUGAGAUAUAAUUGUGAAUUGAAUUAUCAUUGACUGCAUAUGUAGUAUGUUUCUUUUGGUGCUGAUCUGAUGUUAUUUGACAGCCUUACAUGUACUUUGUGUGUCCUGGGACAAAUGAAAGCCGUCGCCAGUCUGAGUCUUAUCCAACAGAUGCUAAGCUCUAUUUCGUAAUGAUCACCAACUAUACACAUACAUACACGGCAUGGCCUUUGACUUUGCUCAGAGCAGUUUACGCUAUGCUUUGAAACAUUGAUUUUGGUUUGUGAUAUUGAUUUUGGUUUCAUGUACAAAAUUGUUAUUUCCCUGUACAUUGUACUGGUUUAGAAGACACACAACCUUUUUUCAAAAUGUGAUUUACCAAGACAUGCCAUACCUUAUUUAUUACUGGGUCAGAUUUCAGAGAUCUUCUAUGACAGUAUGUGUUGACCCUACCCUAGUGGUGAAAAGACCACUAGGAACUCACUUUUGACAUUCACCAUCAUACCUCUUACUCCACUAGCACUUCAAAUUAUUGGUUCUGUUCUCUUUAGUUUUAAUUAAUACAACCAAAAUGACUUGAUUGGGUCUGAAAUUAAUAAGUUGGGCUAUUUUGCUCCUGAGAAAGACUUAAGUUCUGUAUGAGUCUAAAGCUGCCUGUAUUUUUGCUUUUAAGUUAUCCAUAAUUGUUAUGAAAAUCAAGUAUUUAGAAAUAUGCAAACAUGUAAAUAUCAUACCUUGAGGGAAGUGUCUUUUAGUGUUUUUAUUUAAAAAAUCUUGUUUACUUGUGCUUGUUAUGUAAUGAAUGGUCUAUUUGUUUUUAAUGUUUUGUUUGAGAAUACUCUGUCAAAUGCCUGUAUUUAUCAAAUAAAUGAUUUUGUUAUGCAA